AUGGAUUUAAAUCAUUUAGCGAAUCAUUUUUUCUUUAAAAACGAUUAUACAUGUGUUCGUCAAUUGGCCAUGCACGCAUUGAAUAAUACAGAAAACGGAGCUGUGCGUGCUGAAGGUUGCUAUCAUUUAGCUCGAGCUUAUCAUGUCGAACGUGAUUAUGAAGAAGCAUUUCGAUACUAUUACCAAGCAACACAUUUAGCAGCGGAAAAUUCGUUUUACCAUUAUUCGGUCUUGGACAAAUGUAUUUACAGCGAGAAGAUACAACCAUUGUGA